CGAAGUCAGGUAUCCAUGACAGCCUUGUUAUUGUUGUUGUGGUCCUGGCUAAUCCACUGAAGUGGUGAUAGACACACUCAUGUUUUCAAUAAAGUGGAGCCAGCUUCUCGACGGCACACCAUGUUAUCUAGCGGUGCAAGGCUAUUUCUAACAGGAGUUGUUUGCUGAGAGAACAUAUCAUGCAAUGCUUGACCGGGGCGGUGAUGUUUUAUCUCCAUGGUCCUAGCUAGCUAAUGUUAGACAGAGCCCUUCUAACAUUAGCGGUGGUGGUUAGCAAAAGCGAUAGCAUCGGUAGCUAAAGCCCCAGUCCGGCUGUGUUUCACAAAUGGUGCUGGUUUGCGGACUGGACGAAAUGUCAAACGUGUGUGCAAACGGGUCUCAGCGAGUCCAGGAACCGGAGGCGAGCAGAAUGAAAGCGGGGGGUUUGAGCCUCUAAAACGGAGACAAGGAGGAUGAUUUCGCGAUACAAUAGAAGACCCGUAUCGCACAAACUUGAGAUUCGUGGGUUAUCCCGAAGCAGCCUUGACCAUCAUCCUCUUCCCGAGGAGGAAGAUGAUAAUCAGACCCCUCAGCGUUUCCUCCAUGACCUCCAUGAAAAUGUCUCCGCUCACAACAGCUCAGACACGUCUGCUGCCUCAGGCCAGUCUGUCUGUCCCACCGUCAUCACAGUAGACUCCAGCCAGUCCUGGUCGGGCAUCCACAGCUACACAGGAACUGGGAUCUCCACAGAAAGGAGCUCUGUCUUCUCCUGGGGCUACGAUGAGUUUGACAAGGUGGCAUCGCGGCAGGUGCAGCAGAUGUUUGAGGAGAUUGACAAAGAGCUGUAUGAAGGGAAGGGUGCUGGGGGAGGGAUACUGCGUGGGCUGCAGGAUGAGUGUCAGCAGUGGGCCACAAGAUUCCCACAUCUCCGGAUCCUGGGGACUCAGCUGGUGUGUCCCAGUGAUGAAGGUUUCCAGUGGUACGCUACCCCAGAGACAGGCAGCUCUCCCAGCCACCCAUCAGCAGGCAAAGACAGCACGAUGAAGGCGCAGGAGACGGAGAAGAGCAGCACAGAGUUGAAUGUGCAGGGCAGGAAAGCAGCGCUGAUCAAGUCCUCUGCAGAGGAACUGGACGCCCCCCCUGGGACCCCCAGUGGCUCCAAGAGUCAUGACAGGCCCAGAGUGAUAGAGGUGGAGGGCCUGAUGGAGGAAUACCUGGCCUUUGACAGCAGGGACCUGGAUGAUGAGUGGGAUCAAGAGAAUUCAGAGUCGAGUCGGAGGCGCCACUGCCUGCCCCCUGUUUCGCCAUACCGGUGUCGUCGUCAGGCUGUUCUAGACCUGCUGUUUGAUGAUGUGUGGCGGCAACUGGUUGGCGGAAUGGAGGAGCUGGUCCAGCGCCACUGGGAAUCCUGCACUUCAGAUGAUGAGAGACACUCGUCGAACCUCAGCCCUACCCAGCAAAAUUCACAGGAUCCCUUCAUGCUGCUCUCCACUCUGCCCACGCCCCUGCCCAAACUGGGUCAGACCAGGGUUCCCCAGCUCACAGCCGGCCUGCAGUCCCAGAAUACAAAGUCAAGGGGCUCAAAACACAAGUCCAGACGGAAAUCCAAAAAGCAGAAAAAGUCAUCCACUACUGGUAGGGCACCAGUUGGAGCAGCAGUGACCCAUCACAACCUGAACGACCUCAUCGUGAUCCACGGCAUCCCUCUACAGCAGAGGAACCUCGGGGUGCUGGAUAGAGCCCAGGAGCCAGAGGAGAGGGUAGAGAGGGUGUCCCACAGACCAGGCUCCAGCGUGGUGCCCUCCAGCAAACCCCGCCCUCGCAGGGCCCUGGAACAGAGCUUUUCCUCCCUGUCCCGCCCGGCCCAGUCAGCCCGACGCAGAAACCCUCCCCCCCGCACCCUCCUGCCACUGGUCCCCAGCCUGUCUCAGUCCAGCACACCGGGAUCCAUGGACGAGGUCAUCCGUGGGACACGUCUACUGACGGCCAGUGACCGGCUGACCUCUCCACUGUUGCCUCUCAGCAGAAACACACUCCUCCCUCCCAUCGGCACCGGAGACGCAGACUCCUCUCACUCAGGCCAGCAGACCAGACCUGCACAGCGUCAGAGAGGCUCGUCCAGCCGUGCCCACAGCGCCGUGACAGACGAAGCUGGCAGUUCAUUCCCAAGGGAUCGCCACCACUUACUGGACGUAUUCUCUCGCCCCAACACGACUCACACGUACAGGUCGGACACCCCGUACCGUCGUUCCUUCACAGUGUUGGACAACAUCGGCCAGGGGCGGCCGGGCAGGGCCUCUGUGGCCACAGACUCCCUUGGCAUCGGUGUGACUGGCAUCAGCCUUGGCAUCAGCAGCUCCUCUUUCUUGGACUCGUAUUCGCACCAUCCCUUGGGCCACUCACCCAUUGAGGACGAGGAGGAGCCCGAUCCACAAGCCCCCCUCCCAGCUCUGUUGGUGCCCGUGUCCGUCCCGCCGCGGUCUUACACCCGAGGGGGCAUCUCGUCAAGAGCCAGCAGACCUGGCUUGUAGUUUCACCCCACCUCUGCUCCUUCAGCCAUUCUCGCCUCGUCUCAACACAGCACAAUGCAGCGCGACACUCUGCGACACCUGUGCCCACAAACAUUUAUGUUUUACAGCAGUUGCAGAACUUGUUUUUUUUUUUUUUUGUAUUACAGUUUCAGCGAUUUUAUUUACAGAUUUUUUUUGUUUUGUUUUCUAGAGGCCUAUUUUUGUAUGUCAGAAAUUCAGCUUAUGUGGCUGCCAAAGACAGUGAACUGUCUACAGUAACUCCCAUCAUCACGUAUGUCCGGUAUGUGUGUACAUGUGUAUUAUGUUGUACGUAUGAUUUGGACAUCUAUGUUUCUAUUUAUAAGUGAAUGUACUGUAUAUUGUGUGUUGUCCUCUGUGGUUUGUGUUUGUAUUGGUAAAUGACUAUGCAGGGAAUGGCAUGGCCUCCCAGACAGGGAUAGAAAGAAAAACAAAAAGCACUUUUUACUCCCUGGCAAUACUAUGUCAGGCUGUUUGGUACUGUAUCUUUUAUAAGGACAUGAUUUUUAAUGCCCCUGUGUAAAAAAGACAAACACAGACUCAGAGCCUCUUAUCGCAUACCGCUGCACACAAGAACAAGAUGGGAUGCCAUCCUAAUGGAAAGUUUCUGGUUGCCUUUCCCACACACUCUGCCAUCCUUCACUAUUAGAGCUCAGUUUCAACCGUAGGAGGCAUAAGACGAAAUACUGCUGCUGUAUUAGCAGUGACAGGCUGAUAGAUCUCACCAUAGCACAAGCCAUGCUCUGCACCUCAUUAGACAAUGUAGAAAUACAAGAGACAGUUAUAGAGAAUUGACUGUUUUAUGUUGCAAGUACAUAUCCGAGAGAAUUCACUUUUGCUUUGUACAAAGUAUCUGCUGUAUAUGCUGGUGUACAUGUUACUAUUUCCUUUUGUGCAAAGCAAAGUUGGGAUGGCUUUGGUCUCCGUUUUAAAUCUACAACAUCCUCAUUUGAACAUGUAAACUUUGUGGAACACAGGUGACAUUAAGGCUUACUGCACACAAACACACACACAGACACACACACGUUGUCUUUCCCUUCCCUUGAUGGUUACAAUAGUACAUUGGGACAGCCAUGCUACAAAUGUGACAAAAUUUGAAAUGCAAAGCUGUUUAAUGCAUUUUCUUUGAAGUUUAAUGCUGUAUUUUAUACAAACUAAUAAAGAAAUGUGUACAAAU